AUGCAGGGCCUCGGGGCUGCUGUUCCGUUGGGGGGUGGGGAGCUCGGGGCGGUAUACAAGGGGGACCCUCCGUGGUAUGCAGAGCAGACCCAGGCCGCAAACAGGGGCGACCAGCUAUGCAAAGAGCCUGUCUGGCCGAGGCCGGGCUUCAGCGCCGUAAAGCCCCGGCGCCCUGGCGUCCUCGAGCCACGGGUGGGCCUUCCCAGCCCAUGGCGCACUAACUCCUACUGGGGCCGACCCCGGCUAGCGGGCUCGGCCGCUUCCCGCUUCCAGGCUCUGCAUUGGCCUGGGACCGAGUCGACGUCGUGGGGGCCCGGGAGCCUGGGCGCCCCAAAUGCGGGGCUGCAGAGCCUAACGGGGCCCCGAGCUGCCCCUGGGUCCGGCGCUCCGGGGCUCGAAGCCGGCACCAUCUCUGCGCAGGCCCCCGCAGCCUCUUCUAAUGCGGGCACUGAGGCUGCGGGGGUGCAGCCGCCCCUGAGCGGCCAGGGUGAGUCCCCCGAGCUGCCUUUCCUCCCAGCAGACAGCUCGGGGUCUGGGAACCUGAACCAGGUCCUUCCGGCGCCCGCGGACGGCGAGAUGAAGGCCAAGGUCAUCCCUCUGCCUCGGCCUGAAAACAGCAUCGUGCCCCCGGGCCGCGCGCCGACCCUGGACAAACCGCGGCUAGAAGGCCCCCAAGCUCCGAUGUCUGUCUGGAAAGGGUUCCCUGGGGCCCCACUCAACAUUGACCGGCUUAAGAAUGCCAAGAUCGUGGUGCAGAGAGCCAUCAAGCAGAAGAAAGUCUUCAUGAUCCAGGGCCGCUACCCCGUGAUCCGAGGUAUCCUGCGCCGCCGGGGCUGGGUGGAGAAGAAGAUUCCCCAUUUAACAGCAGCACCAACAAUACAUCCCCCUAAAGGUUUUGACAGCUUUGGAUCUGGAGAUAAUGAUCUCCCUGAAGACUGCGAUGAAGAGGAUGAAGAAGAUGAUGAUGAAAGUCAACAGCCAGAUCCUGAAGAUAUAGAUGACAUUCAUGACCUUAUGUCCCGAAUGGUUCGAAAUGAGGUGCCCUAUUUCAUCUGGACCACCCGGAGGGAUAUGAUUGACUGCCGCUUCCUCUGCAAAGAGCAAAUGAUAAAUCAUUAUGCUAGGGCAGGCUCCUUCACCACUAAGGUUGGUCUGUGCCUCAACCUCCGGAACCUGCCCUGGUUUGAUGAGGCCAAUGCAGACUCCUUCUUCCCACGCUGCUACCGCCUGGGAGCCGAGGAUGAGAAACAGGCCUUCAUGGAGGACUUCUGGCUGACAGCCGCACGCAACGUUCUCAAGCUGGUGGUGAAGUCGUGGGACCCGAACUUGGAGAAUGACCAGACAAAAUCAUCCUCAACUUUGUUGGAAAAGACCCUGGCAGAAUCACCCCCAGACUCUCCAGGGGGUAGGCAGGAUAAAAAAACAGAACUCAAGCAGGUAUCGUCAAAGCUGAUUGAAGAUGCGCUACAGGCCUGUGAGGGUCACCUCAGAAGUUUGGCGCAUGAAGAUAUUGACAAGACCAUAGAGUCUCCAGGGUACCUGACCCAGGCUGAUUGGACUUUAUUUCUCCAGCGCUACUACCAAGUGGUCCAGGAGAGAUGGCCAGGAGUACAAGUAGUUUGUGUUGUUGUCCUGUUGCAGAAUCCAGACAGAAAUCACACCAUUAGUGAGGGGGCUGAACUAAAAAAGGUUGACUCUCAGAUCCAGCGUUGUGAAGACAUCCUUCAGCAGCUACGGGCAGUGGUGCCUCAAAUUGACAUGGAAGGAGACAGAAAUAUCUGGAUUGUGAAGCCUGGAGCCAAGUCUAGAGGUCGAGGCAUUAUGUGCAUGAACCACCUGGAAGAGAUGUUAAAGCUGGUGGAUUGUGACCCCAUGAUUGUAAAAGAUGGCAAGUGGGUGGUACAGAAGUAUAUUGAGCGACCUUUACUCAUCUUUGGCACCAAGUUCGACUUGAGGCAGUGGUUCCUAGUGACUGACUGGAACCCACUAACUGUCUGGUUCUACCGGGACAGUUAUAUCCGCUUUUCCACCCAGCCCUUCUCCCUGAGGAACCUGGACAGUUCUGUGCAUCUUUGCAACAACUCAAUCCAGAAGCACUUCGAGAAUUCUAACACUCGUCACCCCCUGCUGCCCCCCGACAACAUGUGGUGCAGCCAGAAGUUCCAGGCUCACCUGCAGGAGGUAGGGGCACCUGAGGCUUGGGCAGAUGUCAUGGUUCCAGGCAUGAAGGCUGCAGUCAUCCAUGUACUACAGACUUCUCAGGACACUGUGCAAUCCCGCAAAGGCAGCUUUGAGCUAUAUGGGGCUGACUUUGUAUUUGGGGAAGAUUUCCAUCCCUGGCUGAUAGAAAUCAAUGCCAGUCCAACUAUGGCACCUUCCACAGCUGUUACCACCCGACUCUGUGCUGGGGUGCUGGCUGAUACACUGCGUGUAGUCAUAGACCGUCGACAAGACCGAAACUGUGACACUGGUGCUUUUGAGCUUAUUUAUAAGCAGGCGGCUGUGAAGGUACCCCAUUAUGUGGGGAUCCGACUAAUGGUUGAAGGCUCCUCUAUGAAGAAGCCUGUGACGGUCCGAAGCCAAAGAGCACCAUCCCGUCUACUGGCACGUCAAUACCUUAGGGAGCCUAAGCAGGCUAAAGAGGCCAUGCGGAAGGAGGCUAAAGAGGCCAUGCCUGGGGAGGUUAAGGAUUCUGUGCCUGAAGAGGCUAAGGAUUCUGUGCCUGAGGAGGUUGAUUCCAUGCCUGUUGCUCUCAAGUCAUCAGGGCAUUUCCACCAUCACGGGAAAGCUUUUGGAGGCAGGAAGAACUUGGGACUCAUUGAAAAAACAGACUGCAUAAGCAUGGGAAAAAAGACAGUUAACACCAAACAAUCCACAGAAACUGUCCAGGCCAGCUUCCAGAAAUGGCACAUCCACAAUCCCAAGAUAACCCAGCUCUUCUGUGCAUCACCAGCAUCCAUUGUUAAUCGGGGAAGGCACCUUCACCCCAUGAACAAACCUCAGCUGCUUCUGAAGAAUUCUGUGUCUCUAGGUAGGGCAACAUCUUUGCUUAGGGCCCUCAGCCGACUUCCUCUUGCUCUUUGGCCUCUCCCCACUCCCUGUGGUCUGUCACCAGUGUGGCUAGAGGUUGGGGUCUCCCAGCAGAUGCUUGGCUGUGCAAGAAGAAAUCCUAUGGGCAUAAUGUAUGACUGUAAUGUAAUGAGACUGGUUUGUAAACAAAGGCAGGAGAAUGUAAAGAGCAUAGGACUUGGAGACCAAUGACCUAGGUGCAAGUCCUGGCUCUGUGACCGGCCUGCAGUCAGACCCUGGGCAGGUCUCAGAUCCUCUUUGGACCUGUUUCCUGACCACCAGCUUUAACAUUUCUUCCAGGUGGUCCAUGCACAUAAUAAAAUGGGAAUAGAAUGUGUCUUGCCCGUCUUAGAGGGUUGUGGUGAAGAUCCAAUAAGAUGAUGCCUGUAAAGCCCUAUGUGAAUUAUUGGCAAACAUAUCAGGACAUAGACCUUCAAAAGAGUAGUUUCUUACCCCUCACUUCCGUGAAAUCACUUUGGGAGGUUACACAUAAUAUUCUAACAAGGCGGCCAUUACUUAAAUUAUGUUGGGAACUCUUCUUUGGGAAUUGCCUUCAGAGCCAGGUUAUGAGCCACAUAAGAAAAUCAGUCUCUUUACUUUAUAGUCACAUCUCAUUUUUAAUCCAAAAUGGAUGGUAUUACCUAGCUUGAUCACCCACCUUCUUCACCAGACUUGGCUCCAAAAGGCUCUUGGCUGUUUCCAGAAAUCAAAGCCUUCCUCAAAGGAUGAAGAUUUACCACCUUUGAGGAUAUUCAAAAGAAUCUACCACAGGCCCUGAAUGCAAUUUCCAAAGAGUAGUUCCCACAGUGUGUUGAGUAAUGGCGUCUCGUUGGAAUAAGCGUAUAGCCUCCUAAGUGACUACUUUGAAGGGAACAACAUUCAUUUGGAUGCAUAAGUUCUGGUAUGUUUGCAGCCCCUGCCCUCCAGAGGGAGAGCAAACAGUAACACGCAAGAUAGUAUAUUAUAAAUACCAAAGGAGUAGUACAGACAAAAGUACAGGAGUCACUCCCUUAGGUUCUUUGUAGGGAACUAGGCUGGUCUAUUAAUAGACUUACUGGAUGUUAAGUUAGAAGGGACUUUAAAUCUCAUGUCACCUAGCCCAAGCCCUUCAUUUUACAGAUGAGGAAACUGAGGCCCAGAAUGGGGAUGGGAUUUGCCUAAGGUCACACUAUUUCUUAGCUUUAAAUCACCCUCAGGGCUCCAGAGUGGGUCUCAGAAACAUGAGUGCAUGUGUUAUUACACUCUAGGAUGGUUUGGAGGGAGAGAACUUAUCAGUCCACACACAAUCAGUGUGUUUCCAAGCAAAUUCUACUAGAGGAAGUAUGUGUGCUUGGGGCUCUCCUAUGGGGCUUCCUUUGCUUUCUCACAACUUACCACGUCCAAGCUGGGGCCUCCAGCGGACACUAGUCCAUCUGUGAAAACAGAACUGGAACCAGUGCUUCUAAUUCUCCUGCUUCUUCCUCUCCCACAGAGCCAGAGGGAUUACCCAGCUUCCUUAGUAAGCCUGUGCUGCCCAAUUCCCGCGUACUCAAACCUCGUACCUUCCUUCUCAGAUUGCAGCUCCC